AUGAUGGAACCAUUGCAGCCACAGCAGUACCGGGUGGUCUCGUAUGACCCACCUUCACCUGCGGUCCUGAGGAAGCUGCAGCGCGAGGUCGCCAUCAGCAGUCUCGCCCAGCACCACGUUGCAUCCACCUUUGUGCACUACGAGGUGCCGCGAUGGUCGCCCGUCAUGUUGCCUGAGGUCCCGGGCCUGCAGACGACAAACUGCGAAGGACCUCUGCACCCCACUUCCGCGUGCAGCGCUGUCACUAGCCCUGGCCCUCCCCGCAUCGUGCCCGGCACUGCUGCGCUUGCCGCCGUCACCAGUUCACUCCAGCAGUCAAUCGCGCAACUGGAGCUCGAGUCGCACGAUACGCGCGUCAAAAAGGCCAAGCUGGACCAAGAUGACAAGCAAACCGGGUCGAGCUACGAUUGCCACGUGCAAAACUACAUCAAGUACUGGACAGCAUUUCAGGCCGAGCACCAUCAGAAGGCACCCGAGGAGGUGCCUGUCCUGGCUUUUCCUAUCACUGCUCUCAAAACCUCCUUCUUCUUGGAGUAUGAGAUGUCUCGUGAAAAGCGCCGAUAUGGCAAGAAUGACACGAUCGCGGGAUCAAACGUAGGCAAAUCGCACGUCUCGCAGGUGAUCAGCGCACUUGAGAGCUGGCGGCGCAACAAUGCCUAUUUGUACAAGGACGAUCCCGAUGCACAGCUCUCAUUGCGCUCAGACAUCCGCAUCCGCACCGCGGAGUCUUCCGCAAAGCAUCAGGAACUGAAGCACAUCGACAAGGCGCAGGCUCUCAAAGCUGUGGGAAGCUCCGGAGACACUUACACAUCAGAGGAGCUCAGGUGCUGCUCGAUCUGGUGCCUGUCCGAUGUUUCCGGCAGCAAGCAAGUUUGGCUGGGCUUACGUGACCGUGCCAUGCUCCUCCUGUCGUCAACAACGGCGUUCCGUGGGGAGAGCUCCCGCAUCCUUGAGUGGUCGGACUUGUUCAUGUCAUCGAUCCCCAUGGAUGAUGUUCGCAUUGGGUACAGGGUUCCGGUGCUUGCCGCACUGGCAGAUAAUGCCAAGCACAACCAGCAGGGCCGUCUAGAUGAGCAUGGUGCUAUUCGCCACCGAGAGGUCGAGCUCUGCCCUGUCGGAGGGCUGGCCUUGCUCUUCUUCAGUUUUUUUCACGUCCUUCAUCUACCACUGCCUGACUUGCUCCCAGAUUUUGACGAUACGGACUGUGGUGAGUAUGGGCACCGCGACUGGUAUGCCUACCAUGUGUUCUGGGGGAAACAACCUGCAGCCCCUAUGUCAUAUGAUAACCACCGGGACAGACUGAGAGGCAUUCACAAGGAGAAUGAGAUCUCGAUCACAAAGGUCACGCACACCGGCCGGAGUUAUGCCGCGCAGACUGCGCGGGCACAUGGUGCCACGAUCAGCAGGACAAAAGCACUCAGCGGAUGGAAUGAGAACGGGUCCUUCUGCCAGUGCUACGAACGGACAUUUCCGGUGGAUGCCCUGCUCGGUGCGGCCAUGUUCAAUGGUCAAAAGCCAGAGAUGUAUUGCCUUCCGCGCGAUGCUCUCAAUCCACCGCCUGAACUCCUCACGCAGAUUUUCCCCUGGGUCGAGCAAGAGCAGGUCGCUCUCGAAGCUCGAGUUCGAGAGAAUCCACUGGCUCAAGAUUACGCCCUGCGCCACUUCCUCCGACUUCUGGUAUGGCUGCGCCGCGUUCUGCUUCAAGAUGCGGCACUCCUGUGCGCGAUGCAUCCCUCUGCCCCCGUUUUCGGAUUUGCGCUGUUCAAUACUCCUGCUUUUCACGGCUUUGUCAGUGAAGCGAUGCCCGCCAUCCGAGAAGCAGAAGAGCGGGCCCGCGUAGCAUACCAGAACCUUCCCGAGCAUCUGAUAACCAGCCUGCGAGGUGCAACCACCGGUGUCCUUAUGGAGCAGAAGAGGCAGCAUGAGGAGAACAACCGGCAGAUGGCGGACAUGUCGCAGCAAAUUCUCAAGAUGGAAGGCAUGAUUGGCAUGCUGGUGAACUCGAAAAGCACUCGCAAGUCAAAGCCAGCGGCCUUUGUGGCCCCGAAUCCAAGCCCGACAACCUCAGCCCCUGCUGCACCACCGGCUGCACUUCCGGCUGUCGCCCCUCCCACCAUCACAAUCAAUUUCCACGGUGGCGAUGGGCCCGGAGGCAGCGCGGCAACACCCACUAUACCGUCGAUCACGGCGUCCGUUACCGAGACGCUGAGCGGUUCAGUGCCGCCCAUCACAACUGCCACUUCAUCUGGUUCCACAGGAUCGGCUGCUCCAGCACCAUUGGCAGUUCCGGGGCUCGUUCCACCUGUUGCGGCACUGGCAUACACCGGUCUGCAGUCAGCUCGGCGAGAAGAGCUUCAGUGCAUGUAUGGUGAAGAUGCCUUCAACAAGCACGAGCCGUGGGUCUGGAAAGCGGGGGAGCUUCUCCCAUCCUAUCGGUACCAACCGGUGAGCACGAUUAUGGACGUCUGGACAGAGUGGACGGCGGGACUCGGUGGGCACAUUCCCGUGCACGAGCUGAUGGAGAAGUGGGGCAGCCGCUGGCGUCACAACAAUGCAGCCCUCAAAACGGAAGGUGGGCGUCGGAAGAAGAUCAUUGAGCUCAUCACUGAGCUCUCGCAGAAGCCGCGCUGGUCCGUCCAACUCGCGUUGCGCGUCCUCGAAGAGAAGUAUCACCCGAGGUAUAGAGCACGCAAGUUCUGUGAAUACCUCACAGAGUCUGGCGGCGCUGGAUGUUUCCUUCUCUCCUAG